AUGGAACUGCUGGUCGACGAGAAGUCGCCUCUGGCGGACACCAAUCUUCGCGCACUGAUACUGGAUCCAGAGAUCUGGAAGCUGCUCUCGCCCGAGCAGGUGGCCGAGGUGCACAAAUACUGGCCAUACGACGGGCCGGUGCCGGACCUCGCCGCGCUGGCCAGCAACGACAACCUGCGGCACGACGUGGCCGAGUACCAGGCAGCGCUGCGGUCGGGGAUGCACGACGCCGAGUGGAUCCGCCAGGCGCGGGCGGCCAACGCCAUCAGGAACGAGGAAGCGCAGAAGCAGAAGCAGCACCAGUCACAACAGCAGUCGGCCCCUGCUACCGCCACCACCGUCUCGACUACUACUGAGGAAGAGGGAGAGGGCAAAGCUGAUGAGGAUCACGUGAUGGAGGAGGCUGUUGAGGAUAGCACAGCGGCGCCUGCUUCCACUACGAUGACUACGACGACAGAGGAUGACGAGAAGCGGCAGAGAGUGGCUUGA